CGAGCCCACGUGUUUCGUGCUGCAUGGCGGAGAUGAAGAGUCCCACGAAAGCUGAGCCUGCGUCUCUCGCAGAAACGGCGCAAGAUGACCGCCGCGACCUACUGGAGCACAGCCGCGAGUUCUUGGACUUCUUCUGGGACAUCGCGAAGCCGGAGCAGGAAACGCGGCUCCAGGCCACCGAGAAGUUGCUGGAGUACUUGCGCACAAGGCCGAGUGGAUCGGAGAUGAAGUACGCCCUGAAGCGCCUGGUCACUGGACUUGGGAUGGGCCGAGAAGCCGCUCGGCCCUGCUAUAGUCUGGCGCUGGCACAGCUGUUGCAGUCUUUUGAAGACAUUCCUUUAUGCAGCAUCCUGACUCAGAUACAAGAAAAAUACAAUCUGCAAACAGCAAACAAGGCGAUACUGAGACCUGCUGUCUUUGCAAACCUGUUUGGAGUGCUAGCUCUCUUUCAAUCAGGCCGCCUGGUGAAGGACCAGGAGGCCCUGAUGAAGUCAGUGAGAUUGCUGAAUAUCCUCUCCCAUCACAACAACCACUUACAAGGCCAGCCAAUGAAGGUCCUGGUGGACAUCCUCUCCAAGGUCCCAGAGUCCAUGUUCGAGGAGAUCCUGCCAAAGGUCCUCAAGGAUGACCUGAAAGUGAUCCUCGGCUCCCCCAAGUACCUGGAGCUCUUCCUCUUGGCUAAGCAGAGGGUGCCAGUGAAGCUUGAGUCACUGGUGGGCUCAGUUGACCUGUUCUCAGAAGAGAAUAUCCCCAGUCUAGUGAACGUGCUGAAGAUGGCAGCCAAGUCUGUAAGGAAGGAGCAAAAGCUGCCAGACGUGUCUCUGAGCCUCCUCCGCCUAUCACUUAAGGAGAACAAAUUCACACUGUUUUGGAAGGAGGUUGUGGAGCAGGGGCUGCUGAAGAAGCUAAGCUGGUCAACCAGCUACAUGUGUUUCCGCCUGCUGGGUGCAUCCCUGCCGCUGCUAUCAGAAGAGCAGCUGCAGCUGGUGAUGCGGGGAGACUUGAUCCGCCAUUUUGGGGAGCACGCUGUCAUUUCUAAGCCCCAAAACCUGUUCAAGUUCGUGCCAGAGAUAAGUAGAUAUGUGAAUACCUUCCUACAAGGGUGCCAGGAUGACCCCAAGCGACAGUUUGCCAUGAUGGUGGCCUUCACAUCCAUCACCAACCAAGGUCUCCCUGUCAUGCCUACCUUCUGGCAUGUCACACGGUUUUUAAGUAGUGAAGCUCUGCAAAGCUAUGUGGCCUGGUUGCGGGACAUGUUCCUCCAGCCUGACCUGGACACCUUGGUUGACUUCAGCACUACCAACCAAAAGAGAGCACAGGAUGCCUCAAUCAAUGUGCCAGAGCGAUCUGUGUUACGGCUCCGGAAGUGGAUCAUCCACCGCCUGGUCAGCCUUGUGGACCAUCUGCACCUGGAGAAGGAUGAUGCCGUGGUUGAUCAAGUAGCCAGGUUUUGUUUGUUCCACGCCUUCUUUAAGACAAAGAAGGCCACCCCCCAGAUCCCAGAGACAAAGCAUCACUUCUCCUUUCCCUUGGACAACCGGAACCGAAGUGUCAUCAUUAGUUCCUUCUUCAGCCUGCUGCAGACCCUCAGUGUGAAGUUUAGGCAGUCUCCAGACUUGAAUGAAAGCAGGAAGCCCUGGACUUACCGCCUGGUGCAGUUUGCAGACAUGCUGUUGAACCACAGCCGCAAUGUGACCCUGGUGACACCCUUCAUAACACAGCAGCGCCAGGCCUGGGACCAGAUGAUGAGUACUUUGAAGGAACUUGAGGCCCAGUCUUCAGAAACCAGGUCCAUUGCCUUCCAGCACUUGCUGCUUCUGGUGGGCCUCCACCUCUUCAAGUCCCCUACAGAGAGUUGUGAUGUCCUGGGUGACAUCCAGACCUGCAUCAAGAAAAGUAUGGAACAGAAUCCCCGUCGAUCACGCUCUAGGGCCAAAGCUUCCCAGGAACCAGUAUGGGUGGAUGUGAUGGUGGAGAUCUUGCUGUCCCUGCUUGCUCAACCCAGCAACUUGAUGCGUCAGGUGGUCCGGAAUGUAUUUGGCCAUAUCUGUUCCCACCUUACGCCACGUGGUCUGCAGCUAAUCCUGGCUGUGCUUAUCCCUGAGACAAAUGAGGAUGAGGAUGACAACGUGGUGGUCACUGAUGAUACCAGCGAGAAGCAGCUGGAGCACGGAGAGGGUGAGGACUCUGACAGUGAGGACGAGAGUGACGUGGAUAGCGAUGCUGGAGCAGAGAGUGAAGAGGAAGACCGUGAUAAGGAUGUGCAGCCAGGCUUUCGUCAGCGGCUGAUGGAAGUGUUGCAAGCUGGGAAUGCACUGGGUGGAGUAGACAGUGAGGAUGAAGAGGAGGAGCUUGGGGAUGAGGCUAUGAUGGCCCUGGACCAGAACCUGUCCAGCCUAUUUGCAGAGCAGAAGUUGCAUAUUCAGGCCCGGCGAGAGGAAAAGAACAAGCUGCAGAAGGAGAAGCAGCUCCGACGGGACUUCCAAAUCCGGGUACUAGACCUCAUUGAAGUGCUGGUGACCAAGCAGCCUGAGCACCCCCUGGUCCUGGAACUACUUGAGCCACUGCUGAGCAUAAUCCAAAACAACAUGCGCAGCAAAGGCUCCAGCAAGCAGGAGCAGGACCUCCUGCACAAGACCGCCCGCAUCUUCAUGCACCAUCUAUGCCGUGCCCGCCACUACUGCCACGAGGUGGGGCCCUGUGCAGAGGCUCUGCAUGCCCAGGUGGAGCGCCUUGUGCAGCGUGCUGGCAGUCAGACUGACACCUCUGUCGCCCUUUACUGCUUUAACGCCUCUCUGUAUCUCCUGCGAGUCCUCAAGGGCAACACUGCUAAGAAGCACCGGGAUGGUCAGAUGCUACAGGGAGCCGACACCAAGCCUGAGCCCAAAGACCCAGAGCUCUCUCACCAGGCUCAGACUGCCAAUUGCUUGGACUUGAACUUUGUGACCCGGGUAUACUCGGCAGCACUGGAAUCUCUUCUGACCAAGCGUAACAGCCCCCUCACUGUUCCCAUGUUCCUCAGCCUUUUUUCCCGGUAUCCGGUGAUCUGUAAGAACCUGCUCCCCAUCCUGCUCCAGCAUGUGGCUGACCCAUUGCGACCCCGCCAUCAGGCCCAGGCGUGCACGCUGCUCCAGAAGACCCUAUCUGCUCGGGAGCUAAGAGUAUGUUUUGAGGAUCCUGAGUGGGAGCAGCUGAUUGGCCAGGUCUUGGAAAAGGUCACCCAGACUCUGCACACACUCGGGGAGGCACAGAGCAAGGGGGAGCACCUGAGGGAGCUGUCCACCUUGGAGCUGCUGAACAGUCUCUUCAGGACAGUCAAUCAUGAGAAGCUGUCUGUGGACCUCACCUCUCUCUUGGGCAUGCUGCAGAGCAAGCAGCAGAAGCUGCAGCAAAACUUAAAGCAGGGGAACCACUCCUCUGGUUCCAACCGCCUCUACGACCUCUACUGGCAGGCCAUGAGGAUGCUAGGGGUCCAGCGUCCCAAGUCAGAAAAGAAGAAUGCCAAGGAUAUUCCUAGCGACUCCCAGAGCCCUAUUAGCAUGAAGCGGAAGAAAAAGGGAUUCUUGCCUGAGACCAAGAAACGAAAGAAACUUAAAUCUAAGGACGCCACACCAGAAAAGGAUGCAGCAUCAGGGCAGGAUGUAGUGAUGGCGGAUGCCACACCUGCUGCUGGUGGUCAAGACCAGCCCCCCAGCACAGGCAAGAAGAAAAGGAAGAGAGGGAAGGCCAACACCCCAUCCCAGGUGAAUGGGACACCUGUCACCAAGAGUCCAGCUCCUAACAACCCCACCCUAAGCCCCAGUACCCCUGCUAAGACCCCAAAACUACAGAAGAAAAAAGAGAAGCUGUCACAGGUGAAUGGAGCCACUCCUGUGUCCCCCAUAGAGCCUGAAGGCAAAAAACAUUACCAGAAGGCUCUUCCCACAAAGGAGGUCUUGAAAAAGACCCCCCAGUCUUCCCUGCCACGAAAAAGGGCAAGGCUGUCUCUGAUUAGCAGGAGCCCCAGCCUGUUCCAGAGUGGGGUCAAGAAAAGGAAAGUGGCUCGGAAGAAGGUGCAGACACCUUGAGUGUGGUGUGGUCUGUUUUCCCCUGUCUUGAGCAGCCCAAGAGACUUCUAUUUUUCACCAGUAUUUUAAUAAAUAUUGCCAUGGUAUAUGA